AUAGCCGCCAGGGAGCCCAGGCCUGCACAAGGUGGUUUAACAUGGGUGCCUCCAGCUCCUCGGCGCUGGCUCGCCUCGGCCUCCCCGGGAAGCCGCGGUCCACCUGGCUCGGUGUCGCCGCGCUGGGACUGGCCGCGGUGGCCCUGGGGACCGUGGCCUGGCGUCGCGUGCGUCCCCGGCGGCGCCGGCGGCUGCAGCAGGUGGGCACGGUGUCGAAGGUUUGGAUCUACCCGAUCAAGUCCUGCAAGGGGGUGUCGGUGUGCGAGACCGAGUGCACCGACAUGGGGCUGCGCUGCGGUAAAGUGCGCGACAGGUUUUGGAUGGUGGUUAAGGAAGACGGACACAUGGUCACUGCCCGCCAGGAGCCGCGCCUUGUGCUGGUCUCCAUCACCUUGGAGAACAAUUACCUGACCCUCGAAGCUCCAGAAAUGGACCCGGUGGUUUUGCCUAUCAAGCUGCCUUCUUCGAAUAAGAUCUACGACUGCAGGCUCUUUGGUCUCGACAUUAAAGGCAGAGAUUGUGGUGAUGAAGUAGCUCAGUGGUUCACCAACUACCUGAAGACGCAACCCUACAGGUUGGUUCAAUUUGAAACCAGCAUGAAAGGGAGGACAACAAAGAAACUUUACCCGUCUGAAAGUUACCUUCAGAAUUAUGAGGUAGCCUACCCGGACUGCAGCCCUAUCCACAUGAUUUCUGAAGCCUCCUUGGACGAUCUCAACACCAGGUUGAAGAAGAAAGUGAAGAUGGAAUAUUUCAGGCCAAACAUCAUGGUGUCGGGGUGCGAGGCUUUCGAGGAGGACACUUGGGAUGAACUCCUGAUUGGUGAUGUGGAGAUGAAAAAGGUGCUGAACUGCCCCAGGUGUGUUUUCACUACAGUGGACCCAGACACCGGAAUCAUAGACAGAAAGGAGCCGCUGGAAACCCUGAAGAGCUACCGCCUGUGUGACCCUUCUGUGAAGAAUCUGUACCAGUCCUCCCCACUUUUUGGGAUGUAUUUCUCAGUGGAAAAAAUUGGAAGCCUGCGAGUCGGUGACCCUGUGUAUCGGAUGUUGGAUUAGUGGAUCCAGUGGGGUGACACGCUUCCAGGUCCUAGGAGAUACAACUGGCGGCCACGGGCAUCUUCUUCCUGGAGAUGAAUCUCUACUCUUCCUUCAGAGCUGCAUGAGUCCUGAAUUAAUUCAAGACAAGUACCAGAGGUGGUUUGGGAAUGUGAGGGUGUAUAAAUUUUAGAUAAUGAAGUUUAAAAAAAAUAAACAAAAUUGAAUGUUACUCCCACUAUUACAUUUUCUAAUUCCUGCUGAGUAAAGACAGUUUAAAGAGACAACUUAAAAGCUGCCAUUAAAAAAAAGUGUUUAUACAUUUUAUAGGUAUAUUUUUUGAGAGAAGUGGGAAAACAAGUCAUCAUGUCCUGAAUAUCUUCUGUGUUAACGUGCUCAUAAAGGCCUGGCCCUGACCUAGCUGUUGAGCCCUGCUGAGUUUGGGUUUAUGAUUGUCUUCGCCUUAUCGUUAUAGAACCAGGGUUAUGCUUAAAUAUGGAAAUGAUUUCAUAGAUCAUGGGGUUAUUUUGUUCAUAGAUUAUAUCUUUAUAUUUCAUUCUGAUUCUAUUGCAACAUAAAACAUUUAUCUGUAAUUGUCAAUUCUUCCAAUUCUGCAAGAGAAUGGAAUGUCAAAGAAUGGAAUCUUCAGAAGAAGAAAUGAGCUGGAGAAGCCAUGAACAUUUUUUUAAAGGUUCAUAUGUAUUGUUCAUAAGAAAGAUGAACUGUCUUGCUGUAACAGUACAUGUACCCACUAAGUAACAUAUAAAUGGGUUAACACCCUU